GCCCCACUCUAACUGAGCAUGCCCAAACCUCUCUGUGUUGUCAGGCAAAAAUAAGACAGCAGAAGGAGCAGAGAUCUGCAAUAGAUAAACACACGACACACGGGCACACAGCCGGAGAGCGGCGUGAGAGGCGGACAAACAGAAAGGCAGCGGGGACCUUCUCUGCACCCAGCACACUCGUUUCUUCUUUCAGCCACAGUAUAUUUCUUUGUAUUUUUUUGUCUGUGAUUUUUGUCUUCUGGAGGAAAGACUUUCCAUGGUGAAAGGAGAGGCGAUUCGAAAAUAAGCAGAAAGAGGGAAGGAAGGAGCAAGUCCGUGACUGCAUCUCCGUAUCCUGAGAAGCCAUUCUGCUAGGGUUGCCACGGAAACAGCAGUCGGAGUCAGAGACGCAGUGAGACAGAGUGACCCCUCUUUCUGGUUCUUCGGCGCCCUGCUCCCGCUGUCACGCCACCGAAGCCGCAAUGGACGGGCACAGCCGAGCCAAGCGUGAGCAGCACCUCUGAACUGCUGACCCAAUGGACAUCAAGGGACAGUGCUGGACGGAUGAGGAAUCUGAUGGGGAGAACGGUUCUGAGGAGUUUCUUUAUGGAAUCCAGGGAAGUUGUGCUGCUGACCUGUAUCGGCACCCGCAGCUGGACGCCGACAUCGAGGCAGUGAAAGACAUCUACACCGACAGUGCUGUUUCUGUCAGGGAAUAUGGCACUAUUGACGAUGUGGACAUCGACUUGCAGAUUAACAUCAGUUUCUUGGAUGAGGAGGUGGCGACAGCUUGGAAAGUCAUCCGGACGGAGCCCAUCAUUCUCCGGCUGCGUUUCUCCCUCUCACAGUACCUGGAUGGGCCUGAGCCAUCGGUGGAUGUGUUCCAACCAUCCAACAAGGACAGCUUCAGUUUGGGCUUGCAGCUGAAGAAGAUUCUCAGCCUGUUCACCUCACAGCAAUGGAAACAUCUCAGCAAUGAGUUCCUGAAGGCCCAGCAGGAGAAGAGGCACAGCUGGUUCAAGGCUGGAGGCACCAUUAAGAAGUUCCGAGCUGGUCUCAGCAUCUUCUCCCCCAUACCCAAAUCCCCCAGCUUCCCCCUGAUCCAGGACACGGUUCUGAAGGGGAAGCUAGCCGUCCCCGAGCUGCGUGUGACCCGCCUCAUGAACCGGUCCAUCUCCUGCACCAUGAAGAACCCUAAGGGCGAGCUCUUCAGCUACCCCCCCAACAGUCAGAGUGUGGCUGUUCCCGCGUCCAGGCCGCCAGCGCAGAUUACCACGAAGCAGCUGAUUGAAUUAUUUUUCUCAUCCCAGGCGGGUGGCCACUGCAAGAAUAUCCCCACUUUGGAAUAUGGCUUCUUAGUUCAGAUCAUGAAGUACUCUGAGCAGCGCAUACCCACGCUGAAUGAGUACUGCGUGGUGUGCGACGAGCAGCAUGUCUUUCAGAAUGGCUCCAUGCUGAAGCCGGCGGUGUGUACGAGGGAGCUGUGCGUGUUCUCCUUCUACACCCUGGGGGUGAUGUCCGGAGCUGCAGAGGAGGUGGCCACGGGCGCGGAGGUUGUGGACCUGCUGGUGGCCAUGUGCAGAGCAGCCUUGGAGUCUCCUCGCAAGAGCAUCAUCUUCGAGCCUUACCCUUCGGUAGUCGACCCAAAUGACCCCAAAACUUUAGCCUUCAACCCCAAGAAGAAGAAUUAUGAACGCUUGCAGAAAGCGCUGGACAGUGUGAUGUCCAUCAGGGAGAUGACACAGGGAUCGUAUUUGGAGAUUAAGAAGCAGAUGGACAGGUUAGACCCGCUGGCCCAUCCUUUGCUGCAGUGGAUCAUUUCAAGCAACAGGUCGCACAUUGUAAAGCUGCCGCUGAGUAGGCAACUGAAGUUCAUGCACACAUCUCACCAGUUCCUCCUGCUCAGCAGCCCUCCGGCCAAGGAGGCCCGAUUCCGCACAGCCAAAAAGCUCUAUGGCAGCACCUUUGCCUUCCAUGGUUCCCAUAUAGAGAACUGGCACUCCAUUCUGAGAAAUGGACUAGUCAAUGCGUCUUAUACCAAACUACAGCUGCACGGGGCUGCGUACGGAAAGGGCAUCUAUCUCAGCCCCAUCUCCAGCAUUUCCUUUGGAUACUCAGGGAUGGGGAAAGGACAGCAUCGCAUGCCCUCUAAAGACGAGCUGGUGCAGCGCUACAAUCGCAUGAACACCAUACCCCAGAGCCGACCAAUACAGUCCAGGUUUCUACAGAGUCGAAAUUUAAACUGCAUUGCUCUCUGUGAAGUGAUAACAUCCAAGGACCUUCAGAAGCAUGGAAACAUCUGGGUGUGCCCUGUGUCGGACCACGUCUGCACACGCUUCUUCUUUGUGUACGAGGAUGGCCAGGUGGGAGACGCUAACAUCAACACCCAAGAGCCCAAGAUUCAAAAAGAGAUCAUGCGUGUGAUCGGGACUCAGAUUUACUCCGGCUGAGCCGAAGACCUUGCGUGGCCUCGAGUUGGGCACUGACGGAGGACCCGGCACUACAUGGGAUCAUUAAACUGUGCUGCAUUAACAGCUGGUUGUUAGAUGCUUUCACAAAGACUCAAGGGCCAAAUGGUGGCCCGUUUUGCUCUUGUUUUUCAAUUCUUAUUCAUUAUCGGUUUCCUCUAUCCAUCAAUCCAUCUCUCUCUGAAGCUGUUGGUAAAGGGCGGAUGGAUGAGGGACAUUGAGAAAGAGGAUUUCCACCAGAAAGCCUUUCCAUGACUCUCUGAAAUGCUGCACUUGGCUCUGGCUUAGAGGGCCCCUGGAAACAGCUCAUCCUUCACGCUGCCCUGAAUAAGCACUGGAGAACAACCUUGAACAUGUCUAUCCCCAACCUGACACAAUGCCCCCCCACACACAAUGGCACCACCCCCUCCCUGAAAAUACACCCCCAGCUAGCAUGUACCUAGGCCCCUCUAACCCUAACCCUAACUCACCCGUCACUCUCGAUUCCCUGCGUUUGAGCAUUGUGUCCAAAUCACACCAGAAGUCUUUGUCAACCAUCCUAUUUUACACUUCCUGCAACCUGGAAAUCAGCUUCAGGGUUAUUUUUCAUGAUGAAAUGAAUGUGUGUUACAUCUGUUCCCUCGUUGAUAUUCCUGAGUUGGUAUUUUAAUGUACCAGAUUCAGGUGUUCCUGUUUUUCAUUUGAGUUCACUUAAUUUCUUAAGUUAAAUAAAAACAGUACAUGGUGCAAUAUGUUUAAAAUAUAACGGUGGCUCUCUCGGUUUCUACAUUCAUGGUUGAGGGUUUGACUCUCACUCCGCGUGAGUUUUCAUGUUCUGUCCGUAUCGUACAAAUUUCCUCCCACGGUUUAAAAACAUGCAGUGAGACUAAUUGGUAUUUCAGAAUCUCUUGCAGUGUGUGUAUGUGCCCUGUGAUGCACUGGCAUCCCAUCCAGAGUAUCCACCUACCCUGAACUACCUGGGACAGGCUCCAAGCCCCCCCCCCCCCCCAACCUGGAAAAGUGGUUGGAAGACUGAUGGACAUUUUGCAUAAAAAAUACCUUUUACACAUGCCUCAGUACAGUGAACCUAAUACAAAGAUGAUUGUGGGUGUUCAAAACCUUACUGACACUUGUGAUGGAAACAAAGUUAUUACCAGUUUGCAAGUAUGAAAAAUUAAAUUUCCUCAGUGCUUUUAUUUCCAUCUCGGCUCUCCUACUCACUCUUGAUUGCAAUAGAUAGAACCCAAAACCCCAUUGAACAUGUAACUCUCUGUGAUCAGCUCUUCAUGGACUUCUUUAUGCAAAAUGCAACAUGGUUUCUUCUUAAGCACUGAUUUCUGGCCUGUUGAGCCUGGACGUGAAACCUCAUUCCGCAGCUGCAUACCGGAUACUACGUCACCAGCUUCAGAUAUCAUCCACACCAUCGACCCCGAGGACUCAACGCGACAUCCCUGGCUUUGAAAGUCACUUUCACAGUCACUUGUGCUCAACAAUUAGCAUUUUCUUCCCACCUCGGCCUUCUUUCUCUUUGACCUGCCGUUUGUUUGACGUCUGCGAGGUCAUCCAAGGGGUGCAGUCGCUCUCUUGAGUUUGCCACACUGGCCUCUGUGCUGAAACGUGAGCGUAAUGGAGAUGCAGAGCAGCAGUGUGAGGUCCUGUGAUUUUUCUCGUUCGGCUUCUGGAAUGCUGCACCACUUCCCGUCAGUGAUGUUGUCACAGACAUCAUGAGGUGUGUGACUUUUGGGCAUGAGAAGUGAGGGGGAUGCCUUGUAUGGACUUCAGAGGGAUUACUUCCACAGACAAUAUGGACACCAGGUUCUAGAACUUCCCUUCUUCCCAUCCUGUCACUUAGAAAUGCCCUAGAGUCUCAGUGAAACUGUAUGGUUACUUAUGUAUCUACAAACACCAGUUUGUCGUCCCUUUGUUUCUGUUUAGUGCUGUAUGUGAAUGAAGGACAACAAUGAAAUCCUGAUAGGCAAGGUGAAAAAUAAAGACUGAUUUUGCACAAUUUUA